GCGGGUUCAGUGCCGCCACUGGAACCGGGAGAUGCGGCGCAGGAGCUGUCGCUGUGUUGGCUUUUACCUGAGUCUUGUCUCCUAUUGCGGUUCCUUCUGCGGUUUGGAUCAUGUUGUUACCUUCGGACGUAGCCCGGCUGGUAUUGGGAUAUUUACAACAGGAAAACCUCACUUCUACUUGCCAGACUUUUAUUUUGGAAAGUUCACAUUUAAAAGAAUAUGCAGAACAUUGUACAGAUGAAGGUUUUAUCCCAGCCUGCUUGCUGUCCUUAUUUGGAAAAAACUUGACAACAAUUUUGAAUGAAUAUGUAGCUAUGAAAACAAAAGAAACAUCAACUCAUGUCCCAGCAAUUAUGUCAUCUCUGUGGAAGAAGUUAGACCAUACACUUUCUCAGAUCAGGAGUAUGCAAAGUUCCCCAGGGUUUGCUGCCAAUCAGAGAGCCCGAACAAGAAGUGGGAUUGCAGAAAUUAAACGGCAGAGAAGGCUUGCAUCUCAAACAGCUCCCGUCAAUUCAGAGUUGCUGACUUUACCGUAUCUUUCAGGACAGUUUACUACUGCUACUAGUGCUCCUUUGACAGCUACACAAGUUAUUCGGCCAAUUAGCCAAACUUCAAUUCCUUUGAGGUCAAAUUUUGUGGUAGUUAACCAUUCACAGUCACAAGACACUGUGACCACUGGAGAGCCUUUAAAUAUCAUUCCUGGUCCUCAGGAGAAGAAAACUCAUGCCAGUUUAAUGUCUCCUGGUAGACGCAAAAGUGAAUCUCAAAGGAAAAGUAUUACUUUGUCUGGGCCUCAAUCAACGAUACGGAAUUUCCAGGAUCCAAAUGCAUUUGCAGUAGAAAAACAAAUGGUUAUUGAAAAUGCACGAGAAAAAAUAUUAAGCAACAAAUCUCUUCAAGAAAAGCUUGCGGAAAACAUUAAUAAAUUUUUGACUAGUGACAACAAUAUUGCUCAAGCGCCAAAGCAGACAGAUAGCAACCAGAGACUGGUUGCUGCUACUGAACCAGAGACUUCAAUUGAUGAACUCCUGGGACUUCAGAGUGAAAUCCACAUGUCUGAAGAAGCUAUACAGGAUAUAUUGGAACAGACAGAAUCUGAUCCAGCAUUUCAGGCACUCUUUGAUCUCUUUGACUAUGGUAAAACAAAGAAUAAUAAAAAUAUAUCACAAGGCAUUUCCAGUCAGCAUAUGGAAACCAAUCCCAAUAUAGUCUUAGCAGAUGAAACUAAUCUAGCAGUUAAAGGUUCUUUUAAAACAGAAGAAUCUGAUGAUCAAUCUGGUCAACCCCCAAGUACAUCUUAUCAAAAUGAAGACACAUCAAAUUCUUUGAAGAAUGGCAACAACCAUGAUGAGCUCAGACAAGAAGCCCAGGAACAUUUUUCCCAGAUAAGCUCUAGCAUCCAGAAAAAGCCCUUCAAAACAGUUGUACCUACUGAACAGAAGUGUAACCUUGAUGUUACCUUUGAGUCUGUGCCUAAUUUGAAUGACUUUAACCAAAGAGUAAAUUCUGAUGCUGAAUGUAAUCAGCAUUGUGCCGAGUUAUACACCAGUCAGAUGUCCGCUGAAACUGAAAUGGCUGUGGAAGUUGAAAAGAAUUCUUUGUCUUCACAUGUGCCCAGUGAGCCUCGAUUACAGCCUGAUCAGUCUGAAACACAAGUAACUUCAUUUGUUUCCGUUGGUGGUGAAACUAACAAUGAGAACUUAAUUCUCUCUGGGAAAAGUUCUCAACUCUUAUCCCAAAAUAUACCAUUAACUGCAAAGCCAUCUAAAAUGAGUCAAUUUUGUGAAAGUUCUAACGAUACAGGAAGACUUAAAACAAAUUUCCAUGGUUCCAAGUCACCAGAUUCUAGAGAAAUUCACCAGAGUAAAAUUGAAAUCAACAAUGUAUUACCACUUACAUCACAACAACUUUCAGAUUGCCAAGAUAAUUCUUCACUUCAAAGUAAAAUAUUACCUAUAUCUGUUGAAACUUCAGGUUUAAAUAUAUCUGAACAAGAAGUAGAAAUUCAUCUUGGAAAUUCAAUAUCUUCAAUUAAAGAACAAUCUAAAGAUUGUUUAAUUGUUGAGUUGAAUCCUUCAGACCGUGAAACUCAGCCCUCCAAGUCUGAGAAAGUUGCUUUGGAUUCACAAGAGCCUUCAUCUUCUGUAAAAGAAGAUAGAGAUGGUAUUUUUCUCUCUUUAGGUGAAAAUAACUGUGGGGAAGUUGCAUUGAUGCCACCAGAAGGUAAUCUUAUAGAUGACAGACAUUCUCUUCCUUCAGAAUCUGUGUGUUCUUCAGUGGUAGAUUCUCACUCUGAGUCCCAAAAUACUAGUGAUAAACCUGCUAGCAACAGCUCAACAGAGAUAGAUGGGUCAAAUAUUGUGUCUCUCAAAAUUAUAAUCAGUGAUGAUCCGUUUGUUUCUGCAGAUACUGAACUUAACAGUGCUGUUUCUAGUAUCAGUGGAGAAAACUUGCCAACUAUAAUUUUGUCUUCUGCUAAGUCACCUGCCAAAAAUGCAGAAUUAGUUAAAUGCCUGUCUUCAGAAGAAACUGCAGGUGCUGUCGCAUCUGCUGAAGGAAGGAGGGAUUCAGCCUUAGUGGAACAGAGCCUUUUAGUGCUCAAACCUGAAGAAUCUGCAGUAAACAACACUCAAAAUGAAGAAAGCGUUGCUUUUUCAGCUAGUGUUACACCAUGUGUUUCCAAGGAUGGAGGGUACAUACAGUUGAUGCCAGCUACAAGCACAUCUUUUGGCAAUUCAAAUAACAUUCUGAUAGCUACCUGUGUGACUGAUCCAACAGCCUUAGGAACAACUGUCAGUCAGUCUAAUGUUGUGGUGUUGCCUGGGAAUUCUGCACCUCUGACUGCCCAGCCUCCACCACCUCAAUUACAGACACCACCAAGGUCAAACAGUGUAUUUGCUGUCAACCAGGCUGUGUCACCCAACUUUUCACAAGGAUCUGCCAUCAUAAUUGCUUCUCCUGUCCAACCUGUACUCCAAGGAAUGGUAGGAAUGAUUCCUGUAUCUGUGGUUGGACAGAAUGGAAAUACAUUUUCUGCUCCUCCUCAGCAGGUCCUUCAUAUGCCUUUGGCAGCACCUGUAUGCAAUAGAAGUAUCCCUCAAUUCCCCAUCCCUCCAAAAUCUCAGAAGACCCAGGGACUAAGAAAUAAGCCUUGUACAGGAAAACAGGUAAAUAAUUUGGUGGAUUCAUCAAGUCAUUUAGUUGGAUGUCAUGCACAAAGAAUUGAAGUUUCUGACAAGAAUAUGGCAACAGAUCUUGGAAAAAAACUGGAAGAAAUCACAGUUCCCUUCUCAGUAGAGAAUGUAGCUCCCACUAGCAAACCAUUUGAAAGCCACAGGCGUGUGCUCUGUUUUGAUAGCACUGCUUCUCCUGUGGCAAAUACACAGGGGACAAACCAUCUGAUGGAGUCCCAAAACAAAGAAAGGAAUGACGUUUCCUUUCCAAAUCUUGACUCACCCAUGAUGUCGUCCACCUUAAAACCUCCUUCUAAUAAUGCUCUCAAAAGAGAGAGAGAGAAACCUCCUGUGCCUAAGAUUUUAUCUAAAUCAGAAACUGCCAUUAGCCGACAUACCACUAUAAAAGAAACUCAGUCAGAAAAGAAAGUUUCAACGACAGAAAUUGGACUUGAAUCUUUUCAUAAAGCAACAGCUAAUAAGGAGAAUGAAUUACGUAGUGAUGUGGAAAGGCAGAAAAAUCCAGAAACUUCAAAACUGUCUAAUGGGCAGCAAAAUGGGGGUUUGCGAAAUGAGAAAACUAUAGCUUCAUUGCAAGAACUAACAAAAAAACAAGGCACAUCCUCAAACAGUAAAAAUGUCAUUUCGGUAGGUGUCGCCGUGAAGGAUCUAAAGCAAGAACAAACCAAAUCUGCCGGUUCUUCGAUUAACCCACUAAGCAGGCAUGCCACAGAAAUGUUACAGGAUGUUCAGCGACAUAGCCCAGUAAAUCGGCUCACAGAGAGUAUUCAGUUAUCUGUUCCCCGGACACCUGGCUCAGGGGCAGGGGAAAAACAUAAAGAAGAACCCACAGAUGGAAUCAAGGUUCCUUCUAGUAGGCGUUUCUUUGAAGACAGUAGCACAGCUAAAGUAAUGAUCCCUCCUGUCACGCCAGACUUGCCCGCCUGCAGCCCCGCCAGUGAAACGGGGAGUGAAAAUAGUGUAAACAUGGCUGCCCAUACAUUAAUGAUUCUUUCCAGAGCAGCCAUCUCUAGGACUACUUCAACAACUCCUCUAAAAGACAAUACACAACAGUUUAGAGCAUCUUCAAGGAAUACCACAAAAAAGCGGAAAAUUGAGGAAUUAGAUGAACGUGAGCGAAACUCCCGUACUUCUAAUAAAACUCUUGCAAAUUCAUCAAUACCAAUGAAAAAGAAGAAAAUGAAGAAAAAGAAGCUACCCAGUUCAUUUCCAGCUGGAAUGGAUGUGGACAAAUUUUUGUUAUCCUUGCAUUAUGAUGAGUAAACAUUCUGAACAUAUAAAAACAGUAGCUGUUUAAAACUCGUAUCGCUUACAACUACGAGUAUAGUAAAUGAGAUAUUGACAAAAUCUGAAAGCGUGACCUGCACUUUCAACGUACUGAAAUUUCACUUUAUAUCUAAAGCAUGCUGUUUCUGAAGCAGCUUCCUAGUUUGUAAAUAGAUUUACUUGAUAUAUUUUUAUUUUGGAAAAAAAAAUUUGCAGAAAUGUAAGUAAAGUCAAUCUGCAAAAUUGUAUAGCUUUGACAAUUGCGUAUUGUAAAUAUUGUGUAAAUUUUGUUGAAAUAGAGGUUAAAUCAACCUAAUGUUCUUACACUGUGUUUUUUGACUUAUGAUCCCUAAUUCUGAGGCUUAUUUAUCUGGAAUAGUUUCUCACUAUUGGGGGGAAAAUAAUGUUUUUCCUUAUAAAUUGCCUUCAGUAACUGUCCAACAAGACAUUUAAAGACUUAGCCACUAAGGAGAACAAAAGUGAUAACCGCCUCAAAUGGUAGUGAAGCAAUCAGAAAAAAAACAGUUUUUUUCUACAGUGAAUACUUUUAUCACCCUUUCUUAUAAUUGAAGUAAAGAUUAUAUUCCUGAAAUUUUAUACUUCUUCUGGUUGAUCUGGUCUCUUUGUUUUAAAAAGAGAGUUUCGUAAACCAUUUGAGUGUUUUCAUCUUUUGUUUAUAACUUGCAAGAGAUCUUUUACAGGACUUUUAAGUAUUUAGACUAUUGAGCCAUAAAAACUUUGGUUAUGUAGUAGUUGAGAUUUCUUCGGAUGUAUAUACUUUCCCCCUAAAUACUGGGGAUUUAAAGAAUUGCACUAAUUCAUAGAACUCCUUACAUAGUAGUGACCAAUGCACAUGUAAUUUAAAUCUUAUAUUCUGUGUUAAAGCUUAUGUGGAGAAUUAACUUCUGGUGUCCUUUUAGAAAGCCAUGUCCAUCAUAAGAUGUAAGAAGAGAAAUUAUAGUUUUAUAUUUGAAUGUAGUUUCUCCUAAAAUGGGCUUUUAAAUAACUAUAUCUGUACUGAGAUAUAGCACAUUGUCUUCUGUGCCCCUUAAAAUGCUGUAGUUACUAAAAAAAGAAAGAGGUGCCUUCUCUGUAUUGGACUCACACACAUCAGUAAAGUUGAUGAAUUGGUUUAAAUCUUUAAAUGAGAACAGAAAUUAUAAUUAGUACCUGACCAAUUGUGCCUAGAUAUGUUCUCUUAAGUGCUUUUUGUAUGGUUAAAUAUCAGUAUAUUUAAGGUUUUUUUCCUACAGGUGUUAUGUACUGUUCAAGUCAUUUUCUGCAACUAUUUUUUUUUUUUUUUUUUUUUUGGUACUGGGCCUUGAAAAAACAAAAUCCAUCCUUACUCUAACACAUUUCUCAUUGUAUAAAUCACAUCUUAAUUGCUGAAACUUACUGUAGAAAUUUGUGUUAAGACAUUUUCAUGAUGUGGCAGUGGUCUAUUCCUAAGGAACUAAAUACACACUUAAUGUUUAUUUAACUCAGUUUGAUACUGUAAUACAGUUAGGUUUGAAUAAAUAUUUUCAUUAACUUAAAGUUUGAAUUCCUUCAUCUUGGCAGUCAUUCUCAUUUAGAUACUUUGAUUAAAUUCCUUUGCAAAUCAAUUCUUGCUUUUUCAGUUCACAUGUUAAAAAUUACAGACUUUCUUUUCAUUCAGUUAGUAUCUUUGUAUGUGCUACAUACUAAGAAUUCAUAUACAAGUAAAAUAAGAUCAUUUUCUUCAAAAUUUUUAGUUCACUAGCCAGAAGCCACUAGAUAGAAUCCAAAGACAACUUGUACUUACAGCUUUCAUUUAUGUUCAAGACCAAAACCGUAAUCCCCAUUUUACCUUAAAAGUCCAAGCAUGCUGGACUUAAUUGUAGUAUUGUACCUGGUAACCUAUUUUAACUCAAAUGUCCAGUGACAACAUUUCAGGGUUAAAGUAUACCACAAACAACUUGUGGCUACUUUUACUACAUGUAAAGAUGCACUCGUUAGUUUGUACACUUUAGUGGUUAAUGUAGUCAAGUAUAUGCCAAAUCUAAGAAGUCUUACAAGACUUAAUUACAGUUAAAACAUUUGAUUAUUUUAGCCCUGGAUAUUGUUGGAACCCUUAAGUAUGUUGAAAUUGUACAUCAGAAAAGCAUCUUAUUAGCAUUCAGCCAAAGACUGGGUGCUAGAACUAUUAGGAAGACCAAGAUUUAAGCUUUGAUAGGAGUAAUUUUAAAGGCAUGUUACUAUAUAUUUUGCAUUCAUCCAUUUCUCAAGCCACUAUCUUUCUGCCUCAAGCCCAAUUUCUUGAAAUUAUAUAUCAACUUUUGACUUUAUUAUUAUGCUUCCUCUUUUAAUAGACGUUUUUCUUUUUGCAAAUGUUGGUUGACAUUUUGACACAUUGCUAGUCUUUUUUUCCUAAAUUAUUUUUCCUACUUAGUUGAACUUAAACUGUAAAUAUAACUUCCUAAUGCUUCUUUUACCUCAGUAUCAAGUAUUUUCCAGUUUUUAGCUAUUUUUCAAAAAGUAGUGAAUGUACAUGUAAAUACAUAUUUGUUUAUGCUACCAGUUAUUUCCUUAGGAGACAUUUUAAAGAGUGGAAUUACCAAAUCAAAAAAUUAAUGUUCAUUUUUUUUAAGGAUCUGAAUACAUUUUGCCAAAUUCUUCCAGAAAAUUAAUUUACAUUCCUGCCAGGAAAUUGUCAUUUUUUUCUAUAGCAUAUGCUUAUCCCUUACUGAAAAUAUAUUCAGCUAUAUCAUCACUGAUUCUAGACUUUUAUUUCUUGAUUUGUUAAAAUUAGUAGUUAGCUCCUAAUCAAUGUGUAAUUUAUUUUGAUAUCUGGUGUGAAGUAAGUAACUACAUUUUUUUCCCUAAAUACUUUACCACUUGAUUCAGUAUAAUUGGUUAAAAUAAGGUUUCUCUCCCCCUUAUAUAUUUACUUAGAAUGUCUCUUAUUCUGUAGUGAUGCACAGUCUUUUAUUCACAAUUCUAAAAUCCAAAAGGCUCUGACAACCAAUAUUUUUCCCCUAAGUUUACCAUCAAAACUCAUUUCAUGGCAAAACCUGACCUGAUUUGACUGAGGCUUCAUGAGUCCUUAUAUCGUUUGAUAUGAACAUUCAUAUUUUGCUGGAAAAGUAGUAAUGUGCUUAAUUUGUAUGCUGUUUCAGAUUCAACUGUUUCAGAUUCAACUACAGGUAUAUGAUAUAUAUACUUUUUUUAAAUCCUAAAUAUUCUGAAUUAUGAAACCCAGCAAACCAUAAAUGUAUAAAAUCAAAGAUUUUUGGACCUGUAUUAAAUUUCUACACAUAAACAUACACUAUAUACUAUGGUAAAUAGAUUACUUUGUGUCACUGAUUUAAUCAUAGCUUUAUGUCCAUUAUAACUUAACUUUUUUAAAUACUCACCCCUUUUAUGCUCCCUGAUUAACUUUAGAAUCACUUGUAUUAUUUCAAGUUAAAGUCCCGUUGGAGCAUUCAUUUGAAGUAUAGUAACCUAUAAGUUAACCUGAUACUGAAAAAAGGAAAUCGUACUGGUGAUAUGGUAUGCAAUAGUUUUGUAUUUACCAUAAGUUUCUUGAUAACCUGAGUAUUUUGUUGUUUGUGGUUAUUUUUAGGGAACUCUUCUUUCCAUUGUUUAAACUGGUUACUGCUUUUUUAAUUAACGUAAAAUUUUUAUGAAAAGUGCACAAACUAUUAAGUGAAUACAGUUCAAUGAAUUGUCUAAAAGUACAGACAUCCACUUAAUUACCCAGAUCAAGAAUAGGACAUUUCUAGUAGGCUAGACUUCCCUAAUACUUCCUUCUAGUAACUGUUAGCCCCAAGGGCAAUUAUCCUGGCUUCUAGCGCCAUAUUAGUUGCAGCUUUGUUUUUUUAACCUUGUAUAAUGGAUUCAUGCAGUAUAUAGUCUUUUAUAACUGCUUUUGCUCGACAUUGCAAGAUCCACUCACGUCAUAUAUAAUUCAUUUCUCAUCUUCAGUGCUGAGUAUUUUUUCAUUGUUUAUCCACAUUGUAUUAUACCAUUGUAUACCAGUUAAUCCAUUUUAUAGUUGAUGAAAAUUUAAAUUAUUUCCAGUUUGGGGCAAUUAUAAAUUUAGAACCUCUAAAUAUUCUUGUCAUGUUUUUUGGUUACUGUAUUAUACUUUUCAGUUGCUGGAUUCUAGGGUUGUAUAUAUCCUUAUUCAGAUUUUUCAGUUUUCCAGAAUGGCUGUACCAAAUGAUAAUAUCAAUAGUGCAAGGAGAGUUCUAAUUGUUCCACAUCAUUGUUAAUACUUGGUAUUUUAGCCAUUUUGUGGAGUAUUUUGGUAUCAUUGUGAUUUUAAUUUGAUUGUUCCUGAUAAAGUUAAACCCCAUUUCAAAUUUAUAUUGGCUAUUUGGAUUAUCUCCUUGUGUAGAGUAUUCAUGUGUUUUGCCCAGUUUUUUAUAGGUUGUGUGCCUUUUAUUACUGAUAUGUAGGUGUUCUUUCUGUAUUCUAGAUAUAAGUCCUUUUCCAGAUGCAUAGCAGAUGUCUAAAUAUUUUACCAUAUUUUUCUUAGAUUUGUUUAAUCUUUUGUAUUUUCAUUAAUUAUCCAUCUGGAAUUGAUUUUCCAUAGGGAUAUCUAAUUAAUCCAGCACGAUUUAUUGACGAAAGACUAUCCUUUCCUAAAUAUAUUGCAUUGUUACCAUUGUCAUAAGCUGUUUACGAGUAUAUCUGGAUUUGCUUCUGGAUUCCAAUUUGUUACAUUAAUCUGUUUUUUAAAGAUGUGCCAGCAACAUGCCAUCUCAAUUACUUUAAGAAAUCUAUUUAUGUUUUAUUUUAUAUUUGGGCCCUACUGAGGUAACUAUUAGAGCUAAUGGCUUUCCUUAUGGUAUAAUCAUAAUGGUAUAUCACCUCUAAAUAAUUAUUUUCCAGCUUUAUUUCUUACUACACUGAUGAGCACUUCCAAUACAACUAAUAAUGAUCAAAGUAGGCUUCCUUAUCUUAUUUCUCAUUUUAAUGUAAUGUUAAGUAUAAGGUUGGCUUUUGUUUAUAGUGUUUUAAGAAUUUACAUUAGGAGUAUCUGUUUAACUUAAUUAGGUACUGUUCUAACAUCAAUUUAAAUAUUUUUAUUAACCCUACGAAUGUUUUUAUAUUAAUAAGCCUAAUAUUGUUUACUUUGCACUCUUAGUGAUUUUUUAAAUAUAACUAAAUUUGAUU